ACCAAUAGGUUAUUAAUUUAUCUAUAGCAUUUAUAGUUGGUCUCUUGUUUUCUUGCUUGUGAAAUGACUUUCUUAGAUUUCUCUAAAUAUUUGCCAUUCAAUUCUACUUGUGGCAUUGUACAAAAUGAAAAAGUCUUGGUCUAGCUUUGUAAUUCUUAACUACUUGUCAUUACUACUCUUAAUAGCCAAUUCUUGACAAUGCUUUUGGGUCAUUUCGAUUGCUACAGGGUAGUUCUACUGGAGACAUGAUGUUAGCAUUUUCUGAGCAAAUUAGGAACAUUCAAUAGAUAACUCCCGAGUUUUUUUCAUCGCAGUUUAUAGUGUGUUCUUUUUUUUUCUUUUCUCUUCUUUUUUUUUUUUCUUUUGGGCAAAGAGCAAAGUCUGUGCCGUGCGUGUUAAAAUAGGAGAUCAUGUGUUUAGCAGUUGUUGGUGUGGCCAUUGUCACUAUUGUUGGCAAGGUCAAGACGUGGAUUGUUACUACUUUUGACAAGGCUAAGGAGUGGAUUGUUGCCACUAUUGUUGCUGUUGUUGUUGCUAGUGUUGGUAAGGCCAAUGGGUAGUUGCUGCUGUUGGCAAGGCCAAGGGGUGGGUAGUUGCUGCUGUUGGCGAGACCAAGGAGUGGGUUGUUGCUACCAUUGGCAAGGCCAAGGAGAGUGCAAGACAUUACAAAGGUGACCUCUAUGUGUUUCUUACAUGCAUUGUUGCUGUUGUUGAUGGCUUACCCUUUGGCUACAACAUGGGAAAUUCAAGUAAAACAUUGGUAAAAAA